UUAUUUCAAUGCUGCAUACUGCUGUAGCAGACGAGAAAUAGUACGAACAAUUGACACCAUUCAAGUUUAAUAAUGGCUGUCAAAACGCGGGCAUUGUUGGUGUUCGCUGUUCGAUCGAAGCACUUUGAACUUGAGUUGAAGCGAGGAGUACAUAAUAACCUAAGAGUACCAUCAUGGAGGGUACCAUCACCUGAGGAUCGAUUAGAUGCAAUAGGGCCUCCAGAUCCAGUAUCAAACUUGAGGCCGAUUGUUUUCGCUGUUCCUAACAACGAAACUGCACUAGAAAAAACUUAUCGAGAAACUAGAGUGUCUACCCAAGCUUGGAAUCAGGAGUUUUGGUCAAAACACAAUGCCAGGUUCAUAUUGGAACGUAAGAAGUUUCAAGACACUCAGAAGCAGGCAGGAGUUUCAACAUUGACUGCGGAUGAGAUGUCUGUAUUCUACAAAAAAUUUUUGGAUGAACAUUGGCAGACCCAUCUGAACUACAAUAUCUCUUGGUACAAGAAAAACAUUACACUUUUGUUCCUCGAAAUAAGGGUGAAUUUAGCAAGAAUUGGAUCAACAAGGUAACUUCCUAUUUUCCUAAUAUCUGCCGCGUCCACAUUUCAAUAGUUCCUCCCGAUUCAGUGUAAUAUAAAUGUAAAUAAAUUAUUGCUAUUGUUAUCUCUA